AUGUCACUCACAAAAUUUGAAUCACUUCCAAAUGAAAUCUUAACUGAUAUUAUUGAGAAAUAUAUUAAUGGUAUCGAUUUACUUCGAGCUUUUAGUUUUCAACUAAAUCAACGAAUUGAUUCACUUAUUAUUCAAUCUCAAAGACUUCAUUUUAAUUUUAUUCAAUGUCAUCAAGAUGAUUUUUGUGUUUGUAUGAAACUUUUACCACCUUAUUUAGAUAAAAUAGAAGAAUUAGCCAUAUCUGAACAAGAUACACCUGGUCAAAUUUAUACUUUUCUAUCUUUUUUUCAAUCAUUUACAUUAUUUAAACAACUUCGAAAACUUUAUCUUCAUUUAGACGAUCGAAUUCUUGAUUGGAAAAUUUUUGAAAAUGCUCUUUAUUCCUUAUUAGAAACGAAGAUUAAUACAUUAUCAAUAAAAGCAACUAUCAAAGAAAAUCGAUCUUCAAUGGAAAACAUUAUUGUCUGUCUUUUUGACUUAAAAUCGUUAAGAAGUUUUUCUUUUUUGAGCAACUUCAAUGAUAUGAAGUGGGAUAAUUUAGCAAAUAUAUCGUCAAAUAUUGAGUAUUUGACUCUUUCUGGUAUAUAUUGUGAAUUGCAAGAUCUACAAUAUAUUUUCAAAUGUGCUUCUCAUCUUAAAUAUCUUGAUGUUGAAAUAGCCGAUUGGCAAAUGCGUUUUUAUAGUGAAAAAGAAAAGCGUUCAAAAACGAUUAUUCUCGUUAUGUCGAAACUUCGUAAACUUGUAUUAAAUUUUGCUGAAAACAGUUUAGUAACGAUAGAUAUGUUAACAGAAUACUUGAAUUUAAUGCCUGCUUUAAAAUAUCUUGAGAUAAAAGCACAUCGCAAACUUCUUGAUGCAAAUAGAUGGAUGUUAAUGUUAGAAACAUCACUGCCAUUACUAAAUCAUUUUAUUCUUCGAACAGUUUUAUCUCUUACAAACAAUAGAAUGACAGUUUGGCUUGAUCAAGCUGCAUUUGAAGAUCCAUAUUGGCAAACAUUUAUCAAGCAACCAUCUCAAUCAACGAUUUCAUCAAGCCGACUUACAAUAUUCAAUCGUCGAGUAACUACUAACACUUCUGAUACUUCAACAAAAAAGAAAUCUAUAUUCUCCUAUUUAAAUUUUUUCAAAAAGUAG